AUGGGGCAGUAUGAGGAGGUCAUACGUACGAGUAUGUCCUACGGCGAGGUGGAGCUGUGCCGCAUUAGCAGCCAGGAGAAGCUGGGACUGACUGUGUGUUACAGAACCGAUGAUGAGGAGGACAUGGGCAUCUAUGUCAGCGAGGUUGAUCCGAACAGCAUUGCUGCCAGAGACGGACGGAUCCGUGAAGGAGACCGCAUUUUGCAAAUAAAUGGCCAAGAUGUCCAGAAUCGGGAAGAGGCAGUGGCAUUGCUCUCCAGCGAAGAAUGCAAGAAAAUUGUGUUGCUGGUCGCAAGACCAGAGAUGCAGCUGGAGGAAGCGUGGCUGGAUGAUGAAAGGAAUGAAUUCUUAGAGGAGUUAAACUUGGAAAUGUUGGAAGAGCAGCAUAAUGAAGCAAUGCAGUACACAGCCAACGAGGUGGAGCAGCCAAAGAAACAUGAAGAGGAGGAUGGCACUACAGACACUGCAACCUCAUCAUCCAACAAUCAUGAGAAGGACAGUGGGGUGGGACCCACGGAUGAAAGUCUCCGUAAUGACGAGAGCUCAGAGCAAGAAAAUGCACCCGAGGAGCAGAACAGGGCUACCCUGCAGAGCAAACGGGAGCUGGGCCACAGCCAAGAUACGUUAGGAAGUGUUGAGCUCCAGUGCAAUGAAAGCUUUGUGUCUGGGGAAUACAUUGAAUCUGAUUUCACAGGAAACCCAGAGGAGGAAUGUGAAAGGUUUCGGCAGCUGUUGGAACUGAAGUGCAAGAUUCGAAACCACGGGGAGUAUGACCUGUAUUACUCGAGCAGCAUGAUAGAGUGCAACAGAAGAGAGCAAGAUGGAGUGGAGCAUGAGCUGCAGCUACUCAAUGAGGAACUGAGGAACAUUGAACUCGAAUGCCAGAAUAUUAUGCAAGCUCACCGGCUCCAAAAGGUGAGGGAUCAGUACGGAGACAUUUGGGCUUUACAUGAUGAAGGGUUCAGGAAUUAUAACACCAGCAUAGAUGUGCAGAGAGGCAAACUGGAUGACAUCAUGGAGCACCCUGAGAAGUCUGACAAGGACAGCUCCAGCGCCUACAACACGGCCGAAAGUUGCAGGAGCACUCCGCUGACAGUGGAGCGAUCCCCCGAUAACUCUCUCCAGAGGAUGAUCAGCAUAACCAACAGGAAAAACCUGAGGAGCACAGUCGUGGCUAAUCAGUCAUCCUCAGGACAGAGCAGCAGGGAGACAACCUCAGCCAAAACCAAACCUGCUGAGCAGAACAGUGCUGCUGAGAAUGCAACGCUGGCAUCAGAAAGUGGCAAAUUCACAGACCAGGAAAAGCAGAGCAGCGAGCACAUUCCCUACCUGUCUCCGUACCACAGCUCUUCUUACAGGUACGGGAAUAUCCCUGCUCAUGCAAAGCAUUAUCAAAGCUAUAUGCAACUGAUCCAGCAGAAGUCUGCUGUGGAGUACGCCCAAAGCCAGCUCAGCCUGGUGAGCAUGUGCAAAGACUCGCAGAAGUGUGCAGAGCCCAAGAUGGAAUGGAAAGUGAAAAUAAGGAGUGAUGGGACAAGGUACAUCACAAAGAGACCAGUUCGAGACAGAAUCCUGAAGGAACGUGCCUUAAAAAUUAAAGAGGAGCGCAGUGGGAUGACAACAGAUGAUGACACGAUGAGUGAGAUGAAGAUGGGUCGCUACUGGAGCAAAGAAGAGCGGAAGCAGCAUUUGGUGCGAGCUAAGGAGCAGAGGAGGCGGCGGGAGUUCAUGAUGAGGAGCAGGCUGGAGUGUCUUAAGGAAAGUCCGCAGAGUGGCAGCGAGGGCAAAAAGGAAAUUAACAUUAUUGAACUGAGUCACAAAAAGAUGAUGAAAAAGAGAAACAAGAAAAUCUUGGACAACUGGAUGACAAUCCAAGAACUGAUGACACACGGUGCUAAAUCUCCAGAUGGCACAAGAGUGCACAAUGCCUUUUUAUCAGUUACUACUGUAUGAACGCAACUUCUUUCAGAGAGUAUACUACCAGUUUAGGUAGAGUACGAUUGCCUCGUUCAAUGUGGCAUUUUUAUAUAUUUUGUGACUGUUUAUAGUUUGACCUUUUUUGUAAGCAAAAUUACCUGGUAAUUUUUCAUUUGUUUUUCAUAUAACGGUACCUUCUUUAUCUGGCAGUCUUUCUUUAUCCUGCAAUAUAUUCAUAUUAUUCAUUUGUAGCAAAAAAAAAAAAAAAAAGAAAAAGAAAAGAAAAACAAAAAAAGGGGAGAAGCGAAUUAAUUUCUUAACCUAAUACAUAUCCUGUAAGUUAAGAUCUGGAUUUAUUUCUCUAGUUUUCUUUUUUCUACUUUAGUAACAAUACAAUACCAAAACAAAAUGCUUUAUACUGUAUCCUUGGCUUAACAAGUUUUAAUGUUUUACAUCUUAGAUUGCAUCUGUUUAUAAAUCAUAUGACACAUCCCAUCGUAUAGAUAAGAAUGACAUUUUUCCAACUACACAUUGU